AUGUUUACUUGUGUGCUAAUACUGCUGACUUUUACUCAAGGUAACAGAGCUAAAGAUGUCAUCACCCCAUACAGUGAUGCAGCAUGUGCCACCGAGACUGAGACUGUGAAACUCUCUUGUAACUACACUGGUUCUGUUGAUAGUCUUCACUGGUAUCGACAAUAUGCAGGUUCACCACCACAGUUCCUCAUCCUGGAUUAUUCAGGAUAUGUUACUCAUGCUAAUCCUCCAGUUUCUGGAAUAUCCAUCAGUCACAGAAAAGAAGAUAACAGUGUGGAUCUGAUCAUCUCUUCUGCUGCUGUAUCAGACUCUGCUCUGUAUUACUGUGGGGUGAAGUUACAACAGAAACAAUACGUAGUUUGUAUUGAGUGCAUGUUUUACAUUGAAAAUUCUAAUGGUAUAUUUGCUGACAGCAUUGAACCAAAAGACAAGGACAAUAUAAUCAGUAAAGAAGGAGAGUCUGUGACACUGAGCUGCACUUAUGAUACAAGCAGCAACAAUAUUUUGCUGUACUGGUACAGACAGUAUCCAAACAGAAUACCCCAGUUUAUACUAUUGAAAGGUGCUCGAUCACGGGGUGCUAGUGAGGACAGGGCCCUUUCCUUGAAGAGUGCCUCAACACCUUGCACACUAUAA